CAAUUAUCAUUAAAGGUGAAUUGUCUCAGCAAAAUAUCAAAUUGUUUACAUGAAAUUUGAAAUAUGUUAAGCUAAUGAAGAUUUUGUUAUAAUCAAUGGAAAAAAGAUGAACAUGUAAAUUGAAAAAUUAGUGUAAAGAGCAACAUUUCAUUCAGUUUUCAUCAUCUUCAUCCAUUUCUUGAUCAUGAUCGUUGGAGAUAUUCAUCAGAGGUAAACAACUUGAACAAAAUUCUGAGCAGAAUCAUAAGCCAAUCCUGACCUGGUUCCUGGUUGUCAUCUUUACAAAACUAGUAACCUAAAUAACAAGAGAAAAUACAAAAACAUAAUUCAAGUUCAUCUGCGAUUUAACAUUAUUACUUACUUUAUUUAUUUAUUUUGUUUGUAAUUUGAAUCACAAUUUCCUUUCUUGCCUUACUUAUUUUUGAUUUAUAUUUUUUUAACAAAUUAACAGCCAUAUACUUACAAUUGUUAGUCGAUUGAAAGUUAAUUGUAAAUUAGUAAUUUUCAUAAGACCUUUUUUGACAAAUGCUCGAUAAUAAUCAGCGAACCAAAGUGUAUUUCAUCCUUUGUCCCAGUGUUUGGUGUAGAUGGUAUUUUUGUCGAGUUAAUGUAUUAAAGUCACAAAUCGUUUUACCAACAGCCACAAAUCUAUAACAAGUGAUGUUUCCAACGCAAUUCAUUUAACUUACAACCUUUUUCCUUUCGCCAAAAUUGUUUUCACCUAAUCAUCAUUCAAUGUAAUCCAAUUGGAUUGUUCAACAUUAAACUAUUACGACAAUCAUCGAGAGUGUACAAUCCAACUAAACAUCGUAAAUUGGUUCAACAGUCAAUUGUGACUAUCAUCGGCCAUGGAGAAAUCAUCUAAUUUAAUGUUGUCCCGACCCGAAGAUCCUGAAGUUGCUUCCUUGGGCCAGAUAACAGUCGAUGUUGGCUAUGAGAUAUUACCCAAGAGGAUAAGAGCCAUUCCAGGUAUUGGAUUAAUUUUGGCAUUAUUAUCAGGUGUUUUCUUUGCCACUGGAUCCUUAACAGUCAAGCUUAUCCAAUCAGUUUCUGGUAUUGAAAUUGCUGUUAUCAGAUCACUCAUCACAUUGAUAGCCUUUUCCAUUGUGGUAAUCUUAUGCAAACAUGAUCUGAAAUCGAUCCCAUCCGAAAGAGUUCCUCUGGCCUUACGAUGUCUCACCGGUUGUAUUGGUCUAAUACUAACCUAUGUGUCAAUUAAAUUGAUACCAUUAGGUGAUUCACAGUCAAUAAUUUUUUCGUCACCGGUGUUUGUCAAUUUUUUUGCUUACCUGUUUCUCGGUGAACCAUGUGGCUUGGUCCAGUACGUUUCCAUCAUAUUUGCCAUGAUCGGAGUCCUCCUCAUCUCCAAGCCUAGCUUCCUGUUUCCCGACUUUGAUACCGAUCAAAAUGAUGCUUAUGCUUCAACUCGUACAACGGGCACUUUAACAGCUCUUGGAGCUUGCUGUGGAGCUGCCUCGGUCUUCAUUUGUAUUCGGAAACUACAGGUAACCCCGUCUUCUGUGGUCAUUUUUUGGCAUUCAGCGGUCACAGUAAUACUUGGAACAAUCUUGCUCAUUAUUCGUGAUCUUUUGGUUUGGCCUCAAGGAAUCCAAGACUAUGUUCUCCUUUUGGUUUGCGGUGUAACCGGAAUAGCUGGUCAAGCAUUGAUGACGUUAUCUCUUAAACUAGAAAAAGCUGGUCCAGUUUCAUUGGCUCGUACCAUGGACAUUGUAAUGGCUUUUGUGUAUCAGAUCACUAUUUUGAAAGAAGCAGUUGCUUGGACAAGCUUAUUUGGAGCAUUUAUCCUGGUUUUUGGAGUAAUCAUCGUCGCUCUUAACAAAUGGUACACAAGUGAUCCAAAAAGCUUUAAAAGUGUUUUUCUUUGUGGAUGUGCUGGUGAUCAUAAAAAAACACCAGACAAUCUAGUUAACUUAGCUUCAAUUCCGACCAUCACUAUAUCAGCUAAUAAUUGAUUACUCUACAUUGAAAAACAAUUACACAAAAUGAAUCUCACUAAAACUGUAUAAAAAUGGCAGACGAUACUUUUUCAAAUUUAAUUUUCCCUCCUCUCCAAUAGUACAAUGGCAACAACAUAAACAAAGCCUACAUUUAGUUCAUCAUUAACUGAUUUAAAUCAUUCAAUAUGAACAAUUGAUUGUAAAAUUUACUAGUCUUUAUCGAUUUAUCUAAAUAUUUCUAACGACUUCCAGAGCUUCAAAUUUAAAACUUGUUAUAAAUCAUUCAAUCAAUUAUUUUGUCUGAAAACUAACGAGUUGCUACAAAAUAUCUGGAUCUUCGUUCUUGGAUUGCAUCUUGUUCUAGUCACUUAUUGUUGUGUAAAUCUUUAUAUUUAACUAUUUUCAUUCACUUUACACCAAAUUUACCUGGAAAAAAAAGUUGAUUUGUUAAAGCUCAAGGCUUCUUACAAAAGUUUAAAUUGCUAUUCAUCAAGAUUAUUACUGGUGUAUAACUAUUGUGAUGAGCUCAUUUGAUCUCUAUGAAGUGAUUACAAACAAAAGGAAAUUUUUAUCUGGAAAUCAACUGAAUCUUGUUCCUUCGGAUGAUUGGACGGUUUAAAGCUGUCCCUAUUUUGAUAUCUUCCCAGCCCCUGUUAAGAUGUCCCAAGUCAUCCAGUCCAUAUUAAGACUUUCAUUUCAUUGUUAAUCGACUCUUUUUUACCAUUCAACCAACCUGUUAUGUUAUAAUUGUAAGUUAUUACACAAAUCUACAUCUUGUAUUUAGAUUAGCUUUCCAAACUUAAGUGAAUAUUCAAUUUAUAAAUAUUAAUAAACUUGAUCUCAAUCCACAUUUACUCGGAAAA